UACCGACGAUACCGCGCUUCGUCACGUUCACGACGUACAACGCGCUCACGUUGCUGCACAAACUUUUUCUUUGAGCCCUCGGAUCACCGAACGGAAAAAACAAUACGGAUUAAAAAAGAGAAUAGACAGUGACUCAUCGUUAUUUUUUUUUUACCGGCCGCAUAAAAAAUACUUCGACCCACCGUAUCCCCAAGGGUACCAAUUCAUAGAUCCCGCCUCGAGUUCUCAAGUGUCAGUCCGUUUAUCGUCUUACACGUGAUUCUUGAAUUUUCGUUUGCACUCUAAAACGUAUCAACGAGAGAAUCAUUGGGCUCGAAAAUUCGGGAGUGCAUGAAAAAACAAUGUCACGCUUGUUCUCCGUCCACGAGAGGAUCUAAGCGUUCCCGAUAAACGUACGUGGAUUUUAUUGCCGUUGACAAUCAUUCCAGCGACUGGUUUCAAAGUGUGCUUUUAAUCGCGGUGUUCCGCGUUUAAAUACGUAACAAGAGUCCUCAGGAAGUGGUUAAGUUAGCGUAUUCGGUGGUGGUGGGUCGAGGAAAGGGGGUGAUUCCUUGGCUCCUAGGCUCGUGCAAUAACGUGGCAAAAGUGGUUGUUGGGGGCAAUCCACGUAUCAGGAGAAAAUCCGAAGUACUAAUACAUCGCGUCGUGUAUAUGCCGGGAGAAUGUUAUACGUGAACUCUUAACCCAGUAGUGAUACAAAGCCUCGCGUGUUGGCUAUUUACCCAGCCCACCGAUCUAUACCGAUGUAACACCGGUCUACGGAGUCUUGGCGGUGUGUUGGGUCAAGCGUGCAGUCGGCCGCGUCAACUUGAGAAACGAAAAUGGCGUUAUAUUGCGGCAUGAAUAUAGUGGAAUAAUCGUGAUCGAUGAGAAUUUAGCAGGUGGCUUAAGAACUUUUCAUUACGAAAGCGGCGUAGUGGUUUAUCUGGAUCGGUUUGAGCUCGCUACCAACUGCAAGGAAAAUAAGAAACGCUGUAACACUGUUCCAACGGAAUCUACAUUCGAAUAACUCCUGAACGUAGUAUCCCUUGAUUCUCGUUUAACGGUUCCCCGCAUGGAUUUGGAAGACGAAAAUGGGGAGAAGUUUUAGAGGAUCGGUUUGGAAUCGUUGCUAAAGUUUUCUCGUGAAAGGGGAUUCGUGGAGCACGAGAGUUUAAAUCCAGCGUGAUUCCGCAAGUGGAUCUCGAAAGACGAUUUGUGUGCUAUCGGAGAGUUCUUUCUCCAGUGAUCAGCGGCGGUAGGAAGAAUUACGGUGUAUAUGCGGUGUGCGCUACAAGGCUAGUAAACUCCUCAGGUCCUUUUUUUUUGUUGAACUUGUGCAGUCGACCUCGUUGAAUCAUUGAAAAGGAACAAGGCAGGCAGGGGGGGGGAGGGCACGAUGAUGGAAAGGAGCGCUGCUGAUUCCAAUGAGAGUAUACUUACGUACGAUUACUGCUCCUGUACUCCCAGGAACCUUACGAAUCAUUUGGACGCGGCUUAAUUCCUUCAUCGAGAGAGUGGCAUUACCCGCUGCGGUGAUUACGUGCUUACCGCGUCUCUUUCUUCUCUCGCUUCUGCCUCUCACCCUCUCAUCUCGUUCGGUAGUACUAUAACACGACGCAGGCUUUCGUAUACUUCCCCGAGGACUUGUAACAAGCUACUUGCAACGUGAUUCGUUGUUCGGAGAUUGAAGAAACGCUAUAGAUGUAUACCAGGGAUCAACGGAAGGGGAGGAGAAAAUAACGAGUGCUGGAAUACUGAGGGGACAGGAAAGAAAUUGAGAGGCAGAGAAGUGCUUGAAUGAAGAUUCAUCAGAAUGUGUAUAAAUAUAUACAUGAUAUUAUUCGAAGGACGUAAAGUCUAAUACGGUGAUGUACCGAGGAUUGGGAAAGCAUCAAGAAACUCGUGGGUUAACAGUGGGAUAGAGAGAGAGAGAUAGAGAGAGAGAGAAAAGUGGGGGAAGAACGUGGAAAGAGAGACGUUCACGGAUGGACGAGCCGGUAGCUCCUAAUCCGGGCCCUCUCGUUUGCAUAAUUAGCCGAGGCGUCGGUGGUGCCGGCUAGUCCGGUUGAGGGUGAGAGAGCACACACUCACCCCCGUUCAUCUCUCCCGGCUUUGCCCCUUAUCCUCCUGCCCUUUUCUCGCUCGCUCUUUCCCUUUCUCAUUCUGUCGGUCUCAUUCCCUGCUCGCUUUUCCACUCCGCCCCACGAUCCAAGAGACUGCUUCGUCUUGCCAAGCGCCCGAGCUCGCAGUUUCCUGCUUGCUUCCACUCGAAUUUCUCACUCUCCUCGUUUUCCAACUCGCCCGUUCUCUCUCUAUCUCUCUCCGUCUUUCACCGAAACGCUUUUCCUCUUCACUCCGUCCCUAUGCUUGCUACAUUCGUGUUUUCCUCUGGAGCAUCGCUAGGCUGCACCAACAUCAGAACUCUCCCGUAAUCUUGUGUCGUUUCGGUCCCCGAGCUCUUACUUCUAAGCCAGGCUCGUUCCCCGGUGUCAUCGUUCCUACCUUUGUCGUCCACUCCACUGGGAUAUACAAAAUCCUGUUACUGGACAACUACCCUUGCCACCUCCAGAAGCCAGCUAUCGCGUCACGCUACCCUUUCGCUUAGUCAUCUUGGUUAAGAGCUUCGCCAGAAGAGAUAGCCUCUACCGUAAAGGUUGAAAGGAAGUCUAUUCUCUACCUCGGUGGCGAACACGCCGGUUCACCACUGUCGAGCAACCAACCAUGGGAAAGAGAGCUUAACAAACUGGGGCAGGCGAGAGCAUUGUUCCGACACCGAGAAAACUGCCAGUCGCGUAACUCUCCGAGCGUGCAAGGGACAGGAAAGGAGGAAAACAAAUACAAGAGCUGUGCAGAUAGAAGCAAAGGAGACAGAGCGAGACAUGAAUAUCCACGCCUGGCUACCACCGAGAUCAACGGUGUCUCGGUAUUUCGCCGGACACUACACCUUCAAUGCAGCACCCAACAAAUUCAUUAUGUGGAUCAUUAUGUGGAGUGAAGUGUACCAACAGUGAUAAACUCCGAGUCAGUGGAUACUCGUAUAUUCACGAAGACUAGUUGAAAGCUAAGGGAUAAAAAGAAGAGAGGUGCCCCCUCCCCCUCCUCCCCACCCCGUGAAGAAGUAACGUCCAGGAUACCGUUUUAUUUAACAUGGGUGUCUCGUGUUUGUCACUUAAAAUAAGCGUAAUGUGCGUUUUCGUGUUGUUUUUAUCCUCAUUGGCGACAAUGAGCUCGGCUACCCUUGACAAGUGCGCCGACCAGUGUUCGUGCAAGUGGAAAGGGGGAAAAAGGACCGUCGAGUGCGUUAAUCGUUCGUUAACCGGUAUACCCGAUUGGAUCGAUCCUGAGACUCAAGUCUUCGACGCGAGUGGUAAUGACAUCCGAGUGUUGGCGAGCAAUAUAUUUGUACACGUUGAUUUGACGAAUCUUCAGAGAUUAUACAUGCGUAAUUGUCGUAUGCAUAAAAUCGACUCCGAAGCCUUCACCGGUCUUACCAACCUGGUGGAGCUGGAUUUGAGUAACAAUCGUUUGACAUCUGUACCAAGUUCCAGUUUCUUGAACACGCCCUUUUUGCGAGAUCUUUCACUAUCGAAUAAUCCGUUGAACAGCGUGCCGUCGCAUGCAUUCCGAAAUACGCCUAAUCUCGUCAAAUUAGAUCUCUCUCACUGUCAGCUGUCCAAGAUCGAGGAAAACGGUUUUAAAGGAUUGGACCAACUUGAGAGUCUGAGGCUCAAUGACAAUAGAAUAAGUACCCUGUAUAGGGGUACAUUUGAUCCUCUGAAUAAACUCACCACCAUAGAGCUGCAUGAGAACCCCUGGAUCUGCAACUGUCAUCUGAGGGAACUAAAGAUGUGGCUGGUGAAGAACAAACUUCCGACCCUCAUAGCGCCCAUCUGCCAGGGUCCUGAGCAAUUGGUCAAACGUUCUUUUACCGAUUUGACUACCGAUGAUUUCGCUUGUCGUCCAGUACUCAUGAUACCGAGUCGCUACGUAGAGGCAACGAUAGGCGAGAACGCGAGCAUAGUUUGCCGGGUCAGCAGCGUACCACCUGCCAAAGUAUCCUGGUUCUGGAAUGGCAAAUUACUGACGAAUCACUCGGCGUUCAGCAGCUAUCAGAAGAUUCUCAUUUACGAAGAUGGUCUGAAUAUGAAGAGAAGCACUCUCGUAUUAACGAAUGCCCAGGAAUCCGAUUCGAGUGAGUUUUACUGCUUGGCCGAGAAUCGAGCUGGUAGCGUUGAGGCUAAUUUUACGUUGCACGUGUCACUUAGAACAGCGGGUAUGUCGACGUUGGGUUCGGGUCAGAUAGCCGGUAUAUCGGCAGCCCUGGUAGUCCUCAUACUGCUUAUUCUAUUAGUGAUUCUUGUGCUCUUCGUACGUCUAAGGCGUAUGCCGAUGAAGGACGUCAAGAAUCCAGCUUCGAUGGAUAGCGGUCCGAAUGGCGAAAAUUCGGUGGGCCACGAGAACAACGGUGAUUCAACGAUACAUCGCGGAACUCGCAACAAGUCCGACGACACGGAGACAACUUCGUUCAGCGAUGGGAACGGUGGUAAGCCGCCGGUCUCGUUGGAUCUCAGUUACGUGCAGAGGGCACAAACACAGCAGGUAAUAGUGGCGGCAACGGAAACGGAAUAUUCGUUAUCGCGUUACGAGCAUCGUACCGAUCAUCAUCAAGAGAUCAUAGGGCUGAUGCCAGCCGGUGAUUAUUCAUCGUCAGGAUCAUUAAUGCCAAUCGAGAAUCCAGAUUUGAUAAGGGAUACGAGAAGGGGGUCGAUCGAGGAUUUGGCUAAUUAUGGGAGUACCGGUGGUGUCGGUAUUGGCAGUUUGAAUCAUUUGGGUAUGGACGCUAGACUUUUGUAUCCCGGGGUUUUGUGGGACUCCAUUAAUUCGGAUCCACGAACAAGUGCUCACAAUCCAAACAGUCCCUACAUAACGAGUAAAGAGCUCUUGCAGUCGACGUUACCAACGACGAACGAACCCUUUCCGCCUGGUGCUAAACAAUUACGAGUGUGGCAAAAAGGUGUACCGGUAUUGCCACCGGUCUCUGCUCUCAAGCGCGUGUUGGGAUCGACGAGAAGUUCGCCGGAUGAGGGUUACCAGGAAGGUACGGGGACGGAUGUCUAGGUACCGUUGCUUCAUUACUGUGAUGCCCGGGAUCGUUACCUCGAACUGAGAAGACGUCACCAGGAAGAUCAGCCAAUUAUGGAUAGGCUGAUCGAGGAAGAGGCCGAUGAUGUCGAAGACGAAGCGGUGGUGCAACAACAAUCGGAGAAUAAAAAAUGACGAGACAGGGGCAACGUUGCCGGGUGACCGGUAGUGAACAAUAACAAUAACAAUAACAAUAAAUGAUACGAACACAGAUAUUAUAUAUACAUAUUAAAAUACAUAAAUUCGUAUUUAUAUCGCAUGGUAAAUUUAAGGGUGGAAAAAGACUUUAAUUCAUCGCGGAUAUGAAGAACAUUUAACGCGCGAGUGAUCUUACACGUUUUCGCUUGAGACGUAGGCAUACAUACGUAUAUGUAUGUCAUUUUCUUUUUCUCUGUUACGUUCGCCCUCACUCUGAUGUUCGUUUCCGAGUGGCGAGUCGGGCUGGUCCGGCCACUCGUUUCCGGUAGUACGCUCCCGCAAGGGACAACUUCGGAGGUCGACGAGGACCUCUCCUAUCUCUCCUAUCAUCUGCCUAUCUCGCCCAAGGGUGCACUAAACUUUUACCUUCCUCUUUCCCCUCUUUUUCUCGUCUUACACGACGCUGGUUAUAUUCUACUAAGGGAAUAUUUUACGCGUGCUCCUUUCGCUCGAAAGGAAGAAAGGACCGUUUAUUCCUACACUUCAACCGUUAUAUAUACACACCUAUGGGUCAUUCUAUAUAAAAUAAGUCAGGUCACAAUUUUUUUUGUGAUCCUCGUCCCUGUAUAUUAUGUGAGAUUAUAUAUGAAAUGACUGAAACCUUAGAAACUUAGUAGAGUAGUCUCCUAAAACACACAUAUCAAUGUUCAUUUUUUUCUCUCGAACAAAAUACCCAUAUCAUCGGAAAAAAUCACUGAAACGAAUGAUGUAUCGCAGAAAGUGUUGUUCGAGCUUCUAACGAAGCUGCUAUUUUUCAUUCCUCAUUGAAUGAUCGCGGUAGAAAAAGUGUCCUCAUCGCGUGGCUCGUUUCCCACUAAACACAGACCCAAAUAUUGUAUAAUACACGUAUAUGACAUACGAGGUGAGUGAGGGCGAUCGUAGCCCCUCGAUCUGGGAAAAAAAGCCUUUGGCCGUACACAGAGAAAAAGUGAUGAAAGAAAAAUAUAUAUGUUUAUAUAACAAAAACGUGGACUCUUUGUGUCGAGGAGAUAAUAUAGCUGAAUCGACUGCGUAUAAAUAUGAUUGUUUCGGUGGUCUUUACAGCACAAUAUUGACGGGUAAUUUCUACUGUAUGUUCCGACAGUGCGGUAGUCUCUUGUCGCGUCAUAAUUCGCGAUUCUGGAAACGUAUAUACAAUUCGUAUAUAUACGAGAAAUUAAUAUCGAGGAGAGACUUUCGUACUUUUGGGUCACGAUCAACGUUACGAUUACUACAUAUGCUAAUAAUGCCCUACGAACUAUGGAAGUGAUGUUAAAUCAUGGCUAUAUGCAUAUGUUUACAUGCAUAUAUCCAUGUAUAUGCAUAUAAAUAUAUACAAAAAUAUUCAUGAAAAUAUAUUUAUAUAUAUUAAUAUGUAUAAAAAUAUACAUUAUAAACGUAUAUAUCAAACACACGCAAAGUAUUAACGAACGGGAAAAGGAUUUUGAAACGGAUUACAAAUUUUCAAAGUCAAGACUGUUAAUGUUCACGAGAAUGUGUGAUAGAUAUUGUGUGAAUUGAGUUGCGAAUUUGAAUAAAAGAUACCAAAUGGACUGGUGGUCGAUUUGAGCGGAUAGAAAUUUGUAUAUCUAUCGAAAUGACAAAAUCUAAAUGUGCGAAGUACGAACGAACGAGUGAAAAAAAUUGAGAAUUUUAAUUGCAAAUAUAAAAAAGAAAGAAAGAAAAAAAAACAAAAUGGAUUUUAUAGUCAAUUCAAUAAUUAGUAAAAUAGGUACUCGAGAUUGAUCUUUGAUUGUACGUCUUUGUAAUUGAAACGUAUACAAACGAAAAAAAAACAAGUUUUGAGCGGACAAAGGCAAUGCUGGUUUUAAAUUCCAUGGUAUGAUAAUACGAAUGAGAGGGUGCGACUAUGAAACUGAAAUCCAUUUUGCAUGGGAGAUUCGAAAAACGAAUGAUUACACUACAUUAUAUUAUCAUUAUUAACGAUGAUGUACGAAUUAUUGUUCAUAAUGAUAGUAUUAAUUUUAAUAAUACAGAGGAAUAAUAAUAAUACUAAUAAUAAUGAUGCAGGGAGACUAUUGUCGUACGAGAAUGAUACAGAAAAGGUUAUUAAUAUUAUUAUUAUACAUGAAAUUGAAAAAAAUAAAAAUAAAAAACACUACGAACUCUGAGAAGGGAGAAUUUGAGGAAAAGAAAAUAUAUAAUUAUGUAUUAUAAAAGGAAAAAAUGAGCAAAAUUUUAUUCUUCGAUUUCCUCUCCUGAAACUCAUCAUCGUUCGAUUAUAAUUGUAGUGAAUUACGUACUCGCUCGUACAUUUGGUCAUCAUAUUACGUUACAUUCGUCGAUGAAACAACCUACCCGAAGGGAUCAAACAACGAGCUAGUGAAAGCUCCAAAAACAUCAAUAUCAUUAACAAGUAAAUUUUCAUCGUCUCUUCUAUUCGACCUCUGCAUAUUUACUAUUAUUUCCAGUUUAAAAAAGCUUAGGAAUAUCUCGCAGAGUACGGAAAAUUGUUGUCAUACAAGAAACCAAAGCACCCAACAAUUUAUUUAAUCGAUCGUUCCUAUCUGCAUGCAGGUAAAUUUUUAACAAUAAUUAGUUCUUACGUAGAUAUGUUUGGGAAAGUUUAUGAAGAUUUAGGUCGUUUAAAAAUCAUUCGUGAAUAUAAAUAAAUGGCUUUCGUAUAGAGAAAUGAGUGCAAGAGUAUGUUUCCUAGGCUUGCACACGCAUUCUGACACAUAAAUAUAUCAACGAGCAUAUAUCUAUAUAUGCAUAUUCACACAAAAUAAAGCCUCUCUCACGUG